CACACACAGAAAAGCCAGCCCCAGAGACUCCCCCCGAGAACAAAGCGACAUCUAAAAGGUCAUCCACCGAUGAGGAAAAGCCGCCAGAGGAAGCUGCGGAAGAUCCUGGCACUGGACUGGAAAACCCAGAGACCACUCCUGCUCCAACUACAGAACCGGCAGAGACAACCCCUGCAGCCACAGAGCCACUGACUACCCAGACAGACCCACCCACCACCCCAAAGGAACAGGACACAACCCCUGAGGCCACUGAGGAACCAGUGACUGAAGAAGACCCUCCCACCACGGAGAAGCCAGAAGAUAUGACCCCUGAUGCCACCGAGGAACCAGUGACUGAAGUGGACUCUACCAACAUCCCCCCAACAGAAGACGCAACCCCUGAGGCCACUGAGGCACCAACAACCGAGGCUGAAUCUCCCACCACCCCAAAACCUGAAGACACAACCCCUGAGGCAACAGAGGCACCAACAACUGAGGCUGAAUCUCCCACCACCCCAAAACCUGAAGACACAACCCCUGAGGCAACUGAGGCACCAACAACCGAGGCGCCAACAACUGAGGCACCAACAACUGAGGCUGAAUCUCCCACCACCCCUAAACCUGAAGACACAACCCCUGAGGCCACUGAGGCACCAACAACCGAGGCUGAAUCUCCCACCACCCCAAAACCUGAAGACACAACACCUGAG